AACGUCCUUCGGAUCUAGAGCAUUGCAUUUCUUUCUCGACCUAAACUUUGUAAAGCACUGUCAAGAUGUCAGUUGAUCUUGUAAACAGAGAUCCAAAUGGUCUUAAUGACCACAUCAAGGUCCAGUUUGAAGAUGUUCUAGCAGAACCCGAGGGGGCCCACAGUAUCGACUGUGUCUGGAAAUUAUCCUACACCUGCUUCAACCUCUGGCUUGGUCUUUGCUACAAACUCUUGACCCUCUUCUACGGGAUCUGUAUUGCUGCCGAGUGGGGAUGCGAAUUUGCCGCCAUUGCUUUCUACCAUAUUUGGUACAUCACGCCACUAUUGAGAAUUUGCGAGAUCAACUGUUCUGUGUUUACAAAGGUCACGAAGACAUGUUUAAGCUGCUGCAUGGAACCGUGCUGUGAAGCUAUCGGUGGUCUGUUCGUCCACUUUAAGAAAUAAACAUUGAAUUCGACUACUAUAUAUGAGUAUGCAAAAUUCAAUUAUAGUGUUUGCAGUUGCGUUUUCUUGCUCACUACAUGAUAUUAUAUGAAUUUUGAUACAAUUUCUAUGUGACUUAAAUAGACAUUAAAACAGUGGAAUGGUAUUGUUUCCAAGGGACAGAGAAAUAAAACAACGUUCCGUGCUUCUAUUUACGUUCGUGGAACUCUUUAUUACAUUUUUUACUGAAUUUGAAAUAUCAUUUGAUAAAACAAUUAUUACUCAUUUACCUAUAUCUUGAUAGAUGCAUAUAUAUUACGAAUAUUUUUCUAUAUUGUUGAGUUUUAA